CACCACCCCGCGUUCAGCCGGACCUUCGUCGACGCCAUGCGCGCGCUGCUGACACUGCUGCGCACGGGCCGGGGGUGGCGUGCGGAGGCCCUAGCCGCCACCCGGCUGCCCCGGGGAGCGAGCGAAAAGACCGGGCCGCGCCGCGCCAUGGCCCUGUAUCGCACGGAAGAGCGCGGCCAGCCGCACUCGCAGGAUUACCGCCUCUUCUUCAAGAAUGUAACUGGUCACUACAUUUCCCCCUUUCAUGAUAUUCCUCUGAAGGUGGACUCUAAAGAGGAAAAUGGGAUUCCUACAAAGAAAGCACGAAAUGAUGAACAUGAGAAUUUGUUUAAUAUGGUUGUAGAAGUACCUCGGUGGACAAAUGCUAAAAUGGAGAUUGCCACCAAGGAGCCAUUGAAUCCUAUUAAACAAGAUGUAAAGGAUGGCAAGCUACGCUAUGUGGCGAAUAUCUUCCCUCACAAGGGUUAUAUAUGGAAUUAUGGUGCCCUCCCUCAGGCUCUCUGCUACUCCAGGCACACUCCUACUUCAGGCCUUCACAUUCACUGCGUCCUCUCCUUGCAACACUCUUUUUCCCAGACUUGGGAAGAUCCUCAUCGAAAAGAUAACAGCACAAACUGCUGUGGAGAUAAUGAUCCUAUUGAUGUUUGUGAAAUAGGCUCAAAGGUUUUUUCUCGUGGAGAGGUUAUUCAUGUGAAGAUACUUGGAAUUUUGGCUCUUAUUGAUCAGGGUGAAACAGAUUGGAAAUUAAUUGCUAUCAAUGUGAAUGAUCCUGAAGCUUCAAAAUUUCAUGAUAUCGGUGAUGUUAAGAAGUUUAAACCAGGUUACUUAGAAGCUACUCUCAAUUGGUUUAGAUUUUAUAAAGUACCAGAAGGAAAACCAGAAAACCAGUUUGCUUUUAAUGGAGAAUUCAAGAACAAGGCUUUUGCUCUUGAAGUUAUUAAAUCUACUCAUGAAUGUUGGAAAGCAUUGCUUAUGAAGAAGUGUGAUGGAGGGGCUAUAAAUUGCACAAAUGUGCAGGUAUGUGAUAGCCCAUUCCAUUGCACUCAAGAGGAAGCAAGAUCAUUAGUUGAAUCGGUGUCAUUUUCAUCGAAUAAAGAAAGUAACAAAGAAGACCAAGUGUGGCACUUCCUUGGCAAAUGAUAGAGCAUUUGAAGUUCUGCCAUCCAGAUUCCAAUGUCUAAGGACUCCAAGACUCAUUUUCCCCUAAGUGCUAGAGGCAAGCAGGUCUAUGAACAUUUGCUGGCUUCCUUUUGAAACUUUAUUUUUUUUCAAACUUUUUGAGAUAUGCAAUAUGUAAAUAAACACUGAAAUUUUUGAA